UGCUUCCGCGCCUUCCACAAGCCAUCUGCGACACCUGCGCUCAAGCAUUGAUAUUGCACUUUUAAUCAUACAGCGGUCCUUCUCGAAAGUCCAUCUCCUCUGUUCAUAUUCCAAGCAUCACAGCAGCACAAAGGUCUCCGUGCUCCACAUCACGUCAUCUGCAGUGUUUCGCAUGCUGUAGCUAUUUCCUGGCAUCAUCCUUCAUUCCGAAAUCCCCAGCAUCAGACAGGCCGUCAAAAUGGCAAGCAACAAGAAGGACAUGCGGCGGCAAGACCUCAUUGUUCCGUACAUCGAGCCCGUCAACGACAAAGAAAACCAAGAUUUCAACAGCACGAUGACGAGCACUCUCCCCAUGGCUGCGAUGUUCACAAGAAACAAGCUCCUCGCAUGGACUUCCGUCUUGUUCGCCGUACAAUCGUGGCUAGGAGAAUCUUCCAGCCAGAAGUCUAGUGGAGGAACUCCAGCCAUUAUGAGCCUGGGAAUAGCAUUCACGGCCGUCGCUGUGAGCUACAUGUCCUUGUUCCUUCCUCCACCGCCCGGAGGCUCCAUUGUGCCCGGUGGCAGCACUACUGGAGCCGCAGCACCAGCAGCAGCGGAAUGAUCAUGGACGGCUCUUACUUCAAGCUGGAGACCGAUCAUCCCCGAGACCGAGAAGUACCAAUAUAUAGGGGGCGUCUUCGCGGUUCCUGUGAGGGAAGUCGCAUAUUCGUAACAGUGCAGUGUUGUUCAGAUACAAAUUGGCUAGUUGGUGCUAGCCGAUAAAUUCUAAUCACUGUACAAUGAUGCCUUCUAUUUUGUGUACAUAACCAAGUCAAAACCGAUGGCUGGAUCCGAUAUUUAACAUGUUGUAGUGAGCUUUAGGUUCUCGUUGAG